GUUGCUCCGCCCAGAGGAGGGCGCGCCGCGGGGGUCCUUCCAAGAUGGCGGCGCAGAGGAGGAGUCUGCUGCAGAGUGAGCAGCAACCGAGUUGGACAGACGACCUGCCACUCUGCCACCUCUCUGGAGUGGGAUCAGCCUCCAACCGCAUCUACUCUGCUGAUGGCAAGGGCACCGAGAGCCACCCUCCGGAGGACAGCUGGCUCAAGUUCAGGAGUGAGAACAACUGCUUCCUCUAUGGGGUCUUCAAUGGCUACGAUGGCAACCGGGUGACCAACUUUGUUGCCCAGCGGCUGUCCGCAGAGCUCCUGCUCGGCCAGCUCAACGCCGAACACACUGAGGCUGACGUGCGGCGGGUACUGCUGCAGGCCUUUGAUGUGGUGGAGAGGAGCUUCCUGGAGUCUAUCGACGACACCCUGGCUGAGAAGGCCAGCCUCCAGUCCCAGCUGCCAGAGGGCGUCCCUCAGCACCAGUUGCCUCCUCAGUAUCAGAAGAUCCUUGAGAGGCUCAAGGCGCUGGAGAGGGAGAUUUCAGGAGGAGCCAUGGCCGUGGUGGCCGUCCUUCUCAACAACAAACUCUACGUCGCCAAUGUAGGUACAAAUCGGGCACUUCUAUGCAAAUCUACGGUGGACGGGUUGCAGGUGACCCAACUAAACGUGGACCACACCACAGAGAAUGAGGAUGAGCUCUUCCGCCUCUCGCAGCUGGGUUUGGAUGCAGGAAAGAUCAAGCAAGUGGGGAUCAUCUGUGGGCAGGAGAGUACCAGGCGCAUUGGAGAUUAUAAAGUCAAGUACGGCUACACUGACAUUGACCUGCUCAGUGCUGCCAAGUCCAAACCCAUCAUCGCAGAGCCAGAAAUCCAUGGUGCACAGCCUCUGGACGGGGUGACCGGCUUCCUGGUCCUGAUGUCUGAGGGGCUGUACAAGGCCCUGGAGGCUGCCCAUGGGCCUGGCCAAGCCAACCAGGAGAUUGCUGCAAUGAUUGACACUGAGUUCGCCAAGCAGACCUCCCUGGACGCAGUGGCCCAGGCUGUGGUGGACCGGGUGAAGCGCAUCCAUGGUGACACCUUCGCCAGUGGUGGGGAGCGUGCCAAGUUCUGCCCACGGCACGAGGACAUGACCCUGCUGGUGAGGAACUUUGGCUACCCGCUGGGUGAAAUGAGCCAGCCCACACCAACCCAGGCCCCAGCUGCAGGGGGCCGCGUGUACCCCGUGUCCGUGCCCUACUCGAGUGCCCAGAGCACCAGCAAGACUAGCGUGACCCUCUCCCUCGUCAUGCCCUCCCAGGGCCAGAUGGUCAACGGGGCCCACAGUGCUUCCACCCUGGACGAAGCCACUCCCACGCUCACCAACCAGAGCCCGACGCUGACCCUGCAGUCCACCGACACGCGCACCCAGAGCAGCAGCUCCAGCUCUGAUGGCGGCCUCUUCCGCUCCCGGCCCGCCCACUCGCUCCCGCCUGGGGAGGACGGCCGUGUGGAGCCCUACGUGGACUUCGCUGAAUUUUAUCGCCUUUGGAGCGUGGACCACGGCGAGCAGAGCGUGAUGACGGCGCCGUAGCCUGGCCGGCGAGUGUAGCCCAGUGGACCUCGAGUGAGGCCAGGAGCCAGCUCUGGUUCAGCCUUUCCUGACUGCCUGUGCCCAGGAGCAGGGGCACUCCCGUCCUCGGCCUGCACCGGCCUCUGCCCCGUGGCUCUUGGGCUGUAGAGCUGCAGGUGCAGACUGUGCUGCUUGUCCACGCCUUGUCACCUCGCGGGAGGCUGGAGGCCACUCCUGGCCGCAGCCUCAGCCAGGACAUUGCUGUUCCUCAGAGCAAGGGCCCAAGUGUGGAAGCUGCAGCUGGCCUGUAGGCCACCGGGAAUUCCUUCAGCCCUGCAGCAGCGUGGGAAGAGGCUGUCCUGUGGGCCCCGAGUGCCACCAUCUCCUGUAAAAUAACCUGGGCCACUGCUAGCGCCCCUCCACUCCCAGGAGGUGGUUUCCCCUCUCCAGCUUCUCAGCCUCGUGCUCCCAUGGCCACAGGGACGAGGUCAGACAGAGAGGCCCCGAGAGAACUGGCCUAAGAGAAGCCCCGGAGCUGCCAGAGGGGCGUGCACUGGGCAGCUGGGCCUUCCCAAGAGGGUGCGGGAGAGGUGAGGCCGAGCCCCACUGAGCUGUGAAGAGGCAGGGGAGGCCCAAGUCAGUGAGCCAGUUCCACCCUGCAUCCUCCCUACUGGUGCUAGGGAGGCCACGUUAGGAACAGAUGAGGUGCGCGGCCUUUACACUGAGGACGAUUCUGGAGGUCUCUGGUUGACACACUGCCUGUGGGUCAGGCUGAGGGGCGUGGUCAAAAGAGAAAAGAGCAAAAACUGGUUCCACGAGGGAAGAGGUGCCUCAAGGCCUUGAAGGGGAAGGUCUGGGCUGGCCAGGCCUGGGCUGCACCUCUUCACACAGUCUGUCUCCACUGGAGGGACACCGCCAGGGCUGCCAGACAGGGUUGCCAUUCCCAUUUUCAGAGGAGGAAACAGAGACUUGCUCCUGGCCAAUGUCACACCAUCGAUGGCAGAGCUGGAGCUCAGGCCUGUGGCUUCUUUAGAGUCUGCAACCCAUGAUGUCCCUCUGGCCAGGGACCUGCCUGAACAGCCCCAGUGUGCUUAUUCUCUGCAGUGUGGAGGCCGGCCCCAGGGUCCUCUGCCCACUCCAUGAUCCCAAAGUCCAUUUCUGCAGCAGAACUGAGGCCACUGCAGUGCCAGGGACAGGCCGAGUCUCCUGGGAAAGCAGAGGAAAGGCCCCUGUGAAGCCACCCAUUGCUCUCCUGCAGGGAGCAGGUUAAACCGUCACAAAGGCUCUGGAACAAAGGGAAUUCUCCCAGGAAUGUCUCUGUCGCUGUUUGGUCUCUAGCAAUAGAGUCCUGUUUCUAAUGCAGUAAAGUCACACACGGUGGCGUCACA